GAAAUUAUUUAACUAAUUUAAUUAACAGCAAUUAAUUUGAUCUGCUACAAUCUCUGCAACGUUAACCUUGAUAACGUCAACAGAUGAUGGUUGCAGUUCAGUCUCUAAUGAAUAUGACUAUGAAGUCAGGAAUAAAUUGAUUUUGAUUGCAUUAUUUGUAACGAAUAGUGAGAUUGUUUCUCCAAAAGAAUAACGAGACGCAAUGCCACAGAACGAGUAUAUUGAGAGGCACAGGAAGCUCCACGGUAGGAGGCUCGAUUAUGAGGAGAGAAAGAGGAAACGCGAUGCUCGCGAGUCGAGGAUUCGGUCGAAGAAGGCGCGUACCCUUCGCGGUAUCAAGGCCAAGAUCUACAAUAAGGAGCGUCGCAAUGAGAAGAUCCAAAUGAAAAAGAAGAUCAAGGCUCAUGAAGAAAAGAAGACGAAGAAGCAGACUGAGAAAACUCCUGAGGGAGCUCUGCCUGUUUACCUUUUGGAUCGUAAUGUGGAGAACAGAGCCAAGGUGCUCUCCAACAUGAUCAAGCAGAAGCGUAAGGAAAAGGCUGGAAAAUGGGAUGUGCCUAUACCGAAAGUGAGAGCCCAGGGAGACAGUGAAGUCUUCAAGGUGUUGAAGUCUGGAAAGACGAGGAGGAAAGCUUGGAAGAGGAUGGUCACUAAAGUGACAUUUGUUGGGGAGGACUUUACCAGGAAACCGCCCAAGUUUGAAAGAUUCAUCAGACCGAUGGGUUUGCGUUUCAAGAAGGCUCACGUGACGCAUCCCGAGUUGAAGGCUACCUUCUGCCUGCCAAUAAUUGGAGUUAAAAAGAACCCUAGUUCCCCUAUGUUUACAUCUCUGGGGGUUAUCACGAAGGGUACAGUGCUUGAAGUCAACAUCUCCGAGCUGGGUCUGGUGACUCAGGCUGGUAAAGUGGUUUGGGGAAAGUUUGCCCAAGUUACGAAUAACCCAGAGAACGACGGUUGCAUCAACGCAGUGCUCUUAGUAUAAUUAUAGUGUGAUAAGUUAUUUUGUAUUAAAUAAAGGGUUCUUUAUAUAU